AUGGACCCCCUGGACAGAGCUCAAGUACUCCUCCUCUGUGACCUGUGUCAAAGAGCUGCAUUACAGAGUCACUGUGAACUUUGUCAGAUUAACCUGUGUAAGGCCUGUGUAGGGGAGCAUCUCUCUGAUUCAUCCAUAAGGCACAACGUUGUACCAUACAAACACAGAACCUCUACUCCUAACGUGAACUACCCCGAAUGUCCAAGCCACACCCAGAAACAUUGUGAACUUUACUGUGAGAAAUGUGACAUUCCUGUCUGUUCUACCUGCAUCUCCUCUAAUAAACAUAGUGAGCAUAAAUUAAAAGAUGUCUUACAGAAUCCCAGCUUUAUUAAAGAAAUUUUCGACAAGGAUUUGAAAGAACUAGAAAAAAUAGUAUAUCCUACAUAUGAAGAAAUUGCAUUAGAUUUAAACUCUGAAAAACUUAAUUUGGAAAAACAUUAUGAGAAACUGACAACAGCUGUCACCAAACAAGGAGAAGACUGGCACAGAGAAAUUAACAUCAUUGUCAACAAACAAAAAUCUGAAAUCAAUGACAUGAAAACUAAACACUUGGCUGCUCUUAAUAAACAGGAAAAUGAAAUCAAACAGACCACUUCUGAUGUUAAACAGCUCCCAAGUGAAAAAAAUCCUCAAACAAAUCACUUUAAGAAAUCACUUAUGAAUCAGUGA